UCUCAGAGUUUUGCUGCUGAAGUAAAAGCAGUUAUUAGGAAGCAGAAAAUGGGACCGGCUGCCACCUCGCUCGCUCUCCUGUGUUUAUAUUCUCUGGGUGUGUGUGUUCCUACAGGGACGGCCGCCGCUACACCAACACAGGCAUCCCUUUUAGAGGUGAAGAGGGCGCGAGGGGACGUCCCUGAUAUUCUUCCAGAGCCUGAACCAGAGCCAACCAGCCCAGUGUCAGACUUUGAAAACUCAUACAACUAUGUCUUGACCAGAUUAGCCGGUAUGGACCAGGCGAUCCACAAGCUGAAUGUUGGUCACUACACCCUGGAUGUUAAAGUCAGCCAGUUAAUGGACCGUCUGAUCAGGGUGGAUGCUAAAGUCGAGGAGCUGGAGGACAGCAUCCGAGAGGUCUACCAGCACAGCAAGGUCAACCGCAAGGAGAUGGGAAGACUGGAAGGUUGCCAGAAGGGACACCGGUUAGGAUACAAAUGCUAUCUCGUGUACAAUAGUUAUGAGGACUACGCCGGUGCUGCCAGGAAGUGCCUGGAGCGCGGAGGUCGCAUGGCGAUGCCCCGAGACCGCAAGGAGCAGGAGGCCCUCGCAGACUACGUCAAGUCGUUUUUCCACCCGGGGAACUGGCCCGUCUGGCUGGGCGUCAACGACCUGCGUUCUGAGGGCAUGUACCUCUUCGAUGACGGGACGCGGGUCUCAUACUUCCAGUGGCGCAAACACUUCCUGUCCAGCCAGCCUGACGGAGGGAGGCGGGAGAACUGCGUGGCGAUGUCGUCAGACGAUGGCGACUGGUGGGACCACUACUGCGAUCGGACCAUGAACUAUCUGUGCGAGUUUGACGACAGGGUGGCACUUUAAAAUUAACUCCUUUCAAGAUUUACUCCCUCGCCACCUUACUUUGACCUCCAAUCAUUUAUCAUUAGAAAUAAAAUUUAAUUAUAUUUUUAAAUAAGUUAUUGCCCUUUAAAGGACAUUUAAAACACACAUGGAUUGGUAAACCUCAAGGGUGGGAUAGUCUUAAAUACUUCAUAGGGAAACUAAUGUGUUUCAAUAUAAAUAUCAAGUAUAAUUUCAUUUAUAUAUGCUAUUAGUGCAGCAGUUUUUAAGUUGUGUCCAUAUGUAUGUAGGAUAAAAACAUUUGCCAUGAAAAUAUUUCAAGGUAUUUCUGUUUUUUAAGGUGAAACAGAAUUCACCUUUCAAUAUUUGAAUGAGCAAAAAUCAAUGUGUUGCCAUUUCGGUUCUGAAAGUACUCAAUAAGUAAAAAUAUGUAACUUCAUCAGAUGAACUUUGAAUGAUAAAUAUUAUAUUAUUCAAGCAGCUGCAGUGAUAUGAAUGUAAACCAGUCAGGACUCUGCUGUUAUUUCACGCCGGCUAUUAUAAAUAUUUGUUCAACAGUAUGUAAAAAAAAAAAAAGUUGUAUAUAAAAAUCCUUUUCAUAUAAUCUGCUUUAUUAGUAGGGCUGGGAUAUGUUCCAAUACAGUGUCG